UAGUGUGUGUUGCUCUUGCAAUUAGGUUCUCCAAACUCGCAUAGAUCACUGAAGAUGAAGUGAUUACAUAAUUAUUCUUUAUUCUAGACAUAGUUUUCCUAAGUGGACUUGGGACGCUUACUACGUACUACUCGAGUCGGCUGUUUGAAACCAGUGAAGUGCGCGGUUAACAUCGUGAUUCCGGAUAAAAUCUUGGUUCGAAGAGAAGGUUUGCCGAUCUGAACACGAUUUCUAAAUGAGAUAACAAGCCAGGAUGACGAUUAUUAGACGAAUCGUAGCACUCAAAAGUUUGUCAAAUCUAUAAAAAAGGUAACUUUGUGUCUUUUAUCAGUUGUUCACCCGAGUUUAUUGGUUCUAUAGCCUCGUUAGUCGACAAGAAGUGGCAGUCAUCAUGGUGAAGGAGAUGUCAUCCAAAAACCGCAAUGUUUGCUGUUGUGCAAGCAUGACUAUUUAUUGCUUGAUCAGUUUUGUUCUUCUCACAAAUGUGAUGCAUACCGAAGGAUUUGCUUUCGAAAAACAGCCUUCAGCCAAGUUUCAGCCACCAGCCACAGUUGAGGAAUUGGAAUUUGGAUUUACCUUGGCAUACGAACAAGAAACGUUUUUGGUUGGGUCGCCACGCAGCUCCGUGAACAGCGAAGGUGCUCUCUACUCCUGCCCCCUCGCUAUGUUGUCCUCCGGCUCACGCGUCUGCUCCAAAAUCAACAUCGCCGGAAGUGACGCCAGUGGUACAACGCAGGAUGUUUGUUCCUAUGAUGCGGAUUGGCAGAGACUUGGAUCCUCUCUCGCGGUAUCCGGAAAGAAAAUUUUGACAUGCGCACCUACCUGGAACAACACGUGCACGAAAGUCUAUGGAGACAAGUACAGCACCAUUGUCGGGAAGUGUUUUUACAGCACAAACGGAGUACAGGGACCAUUCUCCUCCAUAGUACCCGUCUACGACUGGAAGACGGGUACCUUGCCAAUGUAUCACAUCAAAGAUGGCAGAUGUCAAGUUGGCUUUGGCUCUCAUUUUCUUCAGGCGAGCAACGAGAUGGUUUUGGGGGCUCCUGGGUGCACCUCGUGGAUAGGUGAUGUUUUCCAAGGACCUCUGAGUCCCGAAGGACCCUACGUGAGGAGAGGAAACAGCAGCUACACCGCAGGACUCCUGGACCCCUCUUCUGAAAACCCGAAUGCGUACGACAUCCCACACUUAGAGGAACUUUGUCCAAAUUAUGAUGCACUUUUGGAAAGUUCCUCUAUGGAACUUUCUAUAGAGGAACUUUCCAUUUAUGCACUUUUGGAAAGUUCCUCCUCUGGAACUUUGUCCAAAUUGUGA